GUGUGCCUGUAUGCCCGCCCAAGGAGCUCACAGGGCAAAAGAGGGCUGGGCUUGGCAGAAGCCCCACUUCCUUUUGGCCCAUGGGUGCUUCUGUGGGAGAUGGGGACAAGAGCUCGCGAUCAGCAACCAGUGGUGAUCAGCAACCUGUGGGCCCUAGGCCACUCAGACAACAGGGAGGCCCACUCUUCUCCUUGCUGCUAGCUUCCAGGAGGAUGAGAGAGCCGGAGGCUCACAGCACGCUCAGGAGGAUGGCUGCCUUUUACCAGUGCAUCAGGCCUGACCCCAGGGAGCUCGACAUGAUUUCCACAAGGGUGAUGGACAUUAAACUUCGGGAGGCUGCAGAAGGCCUUGGGGAGGACAGUACAGGAAAGAAAAAAUCUAAAUUCAAAACUUUUAAGAAGUUUUUUGGGAAGAAGAAGAGAAAAGAAUCGCCGUCGUCCACAGGAAGUAGCACCUGGAAACAAAGUCAGACAAGGAAUGAGGUCAUUGCCAUCGAGUCCGGACCAGUGGGCUACGACUCUGAGGAUGAGCUGGAGGAGUCAAGGGGCACGAUGGGCAGCCGGGCCCUCUCUCACGACAGUAUUUUCAUUCCUGAGUCCGGACAGGACCCCACUCGGCCUGUGCGGGUGUUUUCCCAAGAGAAUGUGUGUGAUCGGAUUAAAGCUCUGCAGUUAAAAAUACAGUGUAAUGUGAAAAUGGGACCACCACCUCCUCCAGGGGGACUUCCUGCCAAGCGGGGAGAAGACGCCGGCAUGAGCUCUGAGGACGACGGGCUGCCCAGGAGCCCCCCAGAGAUGUCUCUGCUGCAUGACGUGGGUCCUGGCACAACUAUAAAGGUCUCUGUCGUGUCUCCAGACCACGUGAGCAACAGCACUGUCUCCGCCCGGACCUCGGACAGCAGCCUGGCGCCAGUGGCUGACUUCAGUUACCCUCCAGAAUCCUCCUCCUGCCUGGACAACUCUGCAGCUAAGCACAAGCUCCAAGUCAAGCCCCGCAACCAGCGGUCGAGUAAAAUGAGGCGGCUCUCAUCGCGUGCUCAGUCUGAAUCCCUGAGCGACCUGACGUACACUCCCGAGGAGGAGGAAAACGAGGAGAAGCCACUGCUGGAAGUCAGCCCAGAAGAGAGCCCCAGCUCUGGGCAGCAGGACGUGGCACGGGACAGAGGCCCUGAGCCUGGGCCACCAGCGCCCUUGCUGCCAAACGGAGGGACCCGUGCCAGACGCGCCCGCCUGCAGCACUGCCAGGCGCUCAGGGCCAGCGUGGAGGAGGAGGGCACCCUUGGGGAGGACCCCUCAAGUCGCCUGGCCACCCCGGAACUCGCCGAGCUCCAGUCGACCCCCGCUCUCCGCGUGGAGCCCCCGUCCCCGCCAGCGGACCCCCAGCACCUCGGUCCCGACGGCGGAAAGCAGGAGGAGGGGGCAGCCCCCGCAGGCCCGUGUGCCCCGGCCACAGACACCGCAGAGGAGGUGGUCUGUGCUCCUGAAGACAUCCGGAGCCCCUCUCCCACCGCCAUCCCCAAGGGUGAUCCGACGCCGCCCGAGACUGUCUCCGCCGCCGCCUCGGAGGCGCACUCUGCUCCCGACGACCAGCCAGACCACAGUGUCCUGCAGGAAGCGGAGCCGACGCCCCCAGUGCUCCCGGACGAGGAGAAGGGGCCCCCAGGGCCGGUGCCCGAGCCCGAGAGAGCAGGGGCUGAGCCCGAGAGAGCGGGGACCGAGCCCGAGAGAGCGGGGACCGAACUCGCCAGAGCGGGGAUCGAACCCGAGAGAGCGGGGAACGAGCCGGAGAGAGCGGGGAGCGAGCCCGAGAGAGCGGGGAACGAGCCCGAGAGAGCGGGGAACGAGCCAGAGAGAGCGGGGAACCAGCCCGAGAGAAUGGGGACCGAACCCGAGAGAGCGGGGACCGAGCCCGAGAGAGCGGGGACCGAACCCGAGAGAGCGGGGGCCGAGCCCGAGACAGCGGGGACCGAGCCCGAGACAGCGGGGACCGAGCCCGAGAGAGCGGGGACCGAACCCGAGAGAGCGGGGAACAAGCCUGCGAGAGCGGGGAACGGGCCGGAGAGAGCGGAGACCGAGCCCGAGAGAGCGGGGAACGAGCCCAGGAGACUGGGGAACGGGCCCUCCGCGGGGCCCGCCCCGAGCACCCCAGUGCCCAAGAGCUGCCUGAAGCACCGGCCCGCGGCGGCCAUCGAGGGCCCUGCCGCAUCCCCGCCGCCUGCCGCCACGAAGUCGCCCCCGGGAGAGCCCGGUCCCUCUUCCCCCGACGCGGAGGCCGCCGCCCCGGAGCGCCCCAAGGCCGAGCGGGCAGAGGCUCCACCUGCGGGCGCCGAGAGGGCGGCGCCGGAGCGGAAAGCGGAAAGGGGCGGCGCCGAGCUGCGGGGUGCGAAGAAGUUCUCGGUGUCCUCGUGCCGAGCGCGGCCUCGUCCGGGCGCCUCCCGCCCGUUGGAACGCGCCGGCGGCCGCCUGCCCCUCUCCAGCAGCCGCCCGGCCUGGAGGAGCGAGGCGGCCCUCGACGACCUCCAGGGGCUCCCCGAGCCCCAGCACGCGAAAGCCGGCCCUCGGAAGCCGGCGGAGUGCGGCCCUCAGGACUCGGGCGACAGAGCGGCCACCCCGGCCGGGCCUCGCAGGAGCCCCCAGGAGGCUGCCGCCUCGCCCGGGACGAGAGAGCCCUGCCCAGCGGCCAAGGAGCCGGCUCCGAGCGAGGACAGAAACCCCUUCCCCGUCAAGCUUCGGUCCACCUCCCUCUCGCUCAAAUACAGGGAUGGCGCCUCCCAGGAGGCGAAGGGUGUGAAGAGGUACGGUGCCGAGGUCCGGUUAGAAAGGUCGCUCACCGUGCUCCCGAAGGAGGAGAAGUGUCCUCUCGGGACGGCCCCCGCUCUUCGAGGCGCCAGGGCCCCCAGCGACCAAGGAAAGGGGAAGGCCCGGCCCCCGGAGCCGCUCAGCUCCAAGCCGCCCCUGCCCCGGAAGCCGCUUCUGCAGAGCUUCACGCUCCCGCCGGCGCCCGCGCCCCCCGACACCAGCCCAGGAGAGCGGGACCCCAGAAAGGAGCCCAGGACGGCGGAGAAAAGGCCGCUGCGCAGGGGAGCUGAAAAGAAUCUGCUGCCUGCAGCAACAGGGCCUGGAGCCGAUGGGCAGCCCGCACCGCCCUGGAUCACCGUCACUAGGCAGAAGCGGCGAGGAGCCUUGGACCAGCCAACCAACCAGGAAGACAAGCCUGGGGCACGGACCGCGAAGUCUGAACUGGGAAAGCAAGCCAAGGUGCACGAGAGAGCCCAGGAGCCUGUGAAGCAAGCUGACUUUGUCCGCAGCAAGUCUUUCCUGAUAACCCCUGUGAAGCCCGCUGUGGACCGGAAGCAGGGGGCAAAGCUCAACCUCAAGGAGGGGCUGCAAAGAGGAAUCUCAUUGUCCCAUCAGAACUUGGCAGCUCAGUCUGCAGUGAUGACGGAGAAGGAAUUGCAUCAGCUGAAGAGAGCCAGUUAUGCCAGUACAGAUCAGCCAUCCUGGAUGGAACUUGCCAGAAAGAAAUCUCAAGCUUGGAGUGACAUGCCCCAGAUUAUAAAAUAGGUGGGCAGUGUGCUGACAAAGCAUGUCCACUACCCUGACAAGCCACUUAGUUAAAAACUGCCAGUAUAUCAUGGCAAACAAACUGUGAAACUUAAAGAUUGAUUUCAUCAUCAAGUUAUGAUGAGCUCGGGGAAGAGGAAGGAACCAGGCAAAACAAAGAGGAUAAACACACAGCCAUACUCCUGGGCCAGAGGGCCCAGAAACAAGAGCAACGCUGAAAAAGUCCAGAAACCAGUUCCUGUGCCCAAAGGUACUAAUGUGUCUUUUAGAAUUCCCUUGAUAAAGAAGCCUCAGACAAGGAAGAAAAUGAAAUUGGACACAUAAAUAGGACACCCUGCAAAGGCCAGAAGAGAAGCCCUUCUAGGAGAAGGGACGGCUGUGCUUCCAGCUGAGAUCAGCCCUUGUCUCUGGUCACUGUCUUGCCUGUGGAUCCUGUCUUCUUUCCUGUUUUCUUCGAGGCAUGACAUUCAUGGUAAAACAGGGAUGCCGUUUCCAAGAGCAGCUAUAAAACAAUCUGUUUUCCUAAAGGCAGCCACUCUGAGAAGGAGAUGAAGGAACAUGGCAGGGUUCAUCAAUUCACAGACUGUUUCCAGAAUAAUUUUUAAACUUUUCCACUAGGCAUCUGUGUCUUUAACCACUGCACAAUGCAUUGCCUGUUUAAUAAAAGGUUUCAAACAUG